CCUUCCUGCGCGGCCCGGCCGCGCCUGGACCCGAGAGGUACCAAGAUGUGGGGUGCAGGCAGCCCCCUGGCGUGGCUCUCCGCUGGCCCAGGCAACGUGAACGUGAGCAGCAUGGGAUUAGCAGAGGGGCCCACAGGCCCAGCCGCACCACUGCCCUCCCCCAGGGCUUGGGAUGUGGUGCUGUGCAUCUCAGGCACCCUGGUGUCCUGCGAGAAUGCGCUGGUGGUGGCCAUCAUCGUGGGCACUCCCGCCUUCCGUGCCCCCAUGUUCCUGCUCGUGGGCAGCCUCGCCAUUGCAGACCUGCUGGCAGGCCUGGGCCUGGUCCUGCACUUUGCUGCUGUCUUCUGCAUUGGCUCAGCUGAGAUGAGCCUGGUGCUGGUCGGCGUCCUGGCAAUGGCCUUUACCGCCAGCAUUGGCAGCCUGCUGGCCAUCACUGUAGAUCGCUACCUUUCUCUGUACAAUGCCCUCACCUACUACUCAGAGACAACGAUGACUCGGACCUAUGUGAUGCUGGCCCUCGUGUGGGGGGGCGCGCUGGGCGUGGGGCUGCUGCCUGUGCUGGCUUGGAACUGCUUGGAUGCCCCAACCAUGUGCGGCGUGGUAUACCCACUCUCCAAGAACCAUCUGGUGGUCCUGGCCGUUGCCUUCUUCAUGGUGUUUGGCAUCAUGCUGCAGCUCUAUGCCCAGAUCUGCCGUAUCGUCUGCCGCCAUGCCCAGCAGAUUGCCCUUCAACGGCACCUGCUGCCUGCCUCCCACUAUGUGGCCACCCGCAAGGGCAUUGCCACGCUGGCCGUGGUGCUUGGCACCUUUGCCGCCUGCUGGCUGCCCUUCACCGUCUACUGCCUGCUGGGCGAUGCCCACUCCCCAUCUCUCUACACCUAUCUCACCCUGCUCCCUGCCACCUAUAACUCCAUGAUCAACCCCAUCAUCUAUGCCUUCCGCAACCAGGAUGUGCAGAAGGUACUGUGGGCCAUCUGCUGCUGCUGUUCCUCUUCCAAGAUUCCCUUCCGGUCCCGUUCCCCCAGCGAUGUCUAG